AUGCGGCGGCGCGCGUACCUAUGGGCGUUCGUCAUCGCCGCGUUCGCGUCAUGGUCUCUCAAGGGCAUGGCGAUGUCCGUGCGAUGGGACCCCGGCGUGUCCAAGCCCGUCCGCGACGCUUUCGCCGCGGCGGAGCGCUCGAUGGGGUUCGGCGGAGGGGGCGACGCGACGAUGGGCCAGCCGUACGGCUACCGGGGCCUUCCGGGGCUCGCGAAAGGGUGGAUCGCGGGGCGCCGGAACGAUCUCUCCGACGACCAGUGGCGCACCUUCCGCGAUAAACUCCCGCUGCUCGCGGCGGCGGCGGUGGCCACCUCCGCGCUGUCGCGCGCGAUGCGUCGAGUCGCGCGGGGCGCGAGGGACGCCGGCAAGAUCCUCAUCCCCUUCCACGUCGUCUACGGCGCCGCGUUCGCGUUCUUCCUGCACGGCUUCGGCGCGCUCUGGCCCGCCGGCCUCUGCUUGGCGCACUACGCCCUGUGUCGCGCCGCCGCGGGGUGGCCAAAAAUCGGCCCGAUCCUCGUGUGGGGCUUCGCCAUCGCGGCGCUGGCGCGAGUGCAAUUCGGCGCGCAUCAGUGGACGCUCGCGUCGCUCGCCGACGCCGCGUCGCCGAUGCUGUCGCGCGCCGCGCGCCAACGCAUCGCCGCGCUGGACGCCCCCCGCCACCGGGGGUUACUGCCGCGGUGGUGGAUCCACUACAACCUCCUCACGCUGCGCAUGAUCAGCUUCGGCAUGGACCUGCACUGGCGUCGGUUGGCGGGCGACGAUUUAAACGACGACGCGGAUCCGCCCGGCGAUCACGCGGCCCUGGUGUCGAGACCGCGCCGCGAGGUGAGGUACUCGCUGGGGGAGUACCUGGCGUACGUGACGUACCCGCCGCUGUACCUCGCGGGACCGACGUGCACGUUCAACGCGUUCGCGUCGCAGCUGCGGCGGCCUUUGGGUCUGGACAGAUGCGCGUCGCUUCGAGCCCGUUCGGUUGCGCGGUACGCGGUGGCGAAGUUCGCGGGGGUUUUGCUCAUCCUCGAGGUGUGGACGCACACCAUCUACGCGAACGCCAUGUGCAAGUCGAGGGUUUGGCAGUGGGGCGGCGGGGGGCGGGGGGAGUACGGCGCGUACGGGCCGUUCGAGGUUGGCGUGCUGUCCCUGAUGGUGCUCAACUUCAUGUGGCUGAAGUUCACCGUCGUCUGGAGGUUCUUCCGGCUGUGGGCGCUCGCGUCCGGGGUGGACGUCCCCGAGAACAUGCUCCGCUGCAUAAACAACAACGCCACCAUCCUCGGGUUUUGGAAGGGAUGGCACGCGUCUUACAACAGGUGGCUCGUGCGGUACAUCUACGUCCCGCUCGGCGGCGCGCGAUACAGGCUCCUGAACGUGUGGGCGGUGUUCGGCUUCGUCGGCGCUUGGCACGACAAGGUCGCGUGGCAUCUCAUCCACUGGGCGUGGAUAUUCGCGCUGUUCCUCGCGCCGGAGAUUGCCGUCCGCGCCGUCGGCGCCAAGUACUACCAAACCCCCGAGGCGCGUUCCAAGCUGACGUACAAGCUGGCCAGAGCCGCGUGCGGUGGCGCCAUGAUCCACGUCCUAAUCGCCGGGAACAUGGUUGGUUACGUGGUGGGCGCGGACGGGCUGUCGCAGCUGGGAAGGCUCUACGCGGACGACGUCGGGAGCGCGUUGCGGUUCUUCGCGAUGACCAUGGCCAUGAUGUCCGCGGCGGCGCACCUCGGGUUCGAGCAGCGAGCGAGGGAGGACGCGGCGAGAGAGGGCGCGGGUAAGGGGGCGGCGGACACAGCUGGCGGCGACACGGCUGGCGGCGGCGGCGACGCCGGGAGCGGCGGCGGCGAGCGCGACGCGGUCGGGGCCGGGGGAAGGAGGCGCGCGGCGGGCGGUCGCGGCGGCGCGGAGGAUGCGGCGGCCGUGGGGGACUCCAAGGCCGGUGAUGGCGGGCGACGUGGACGAUAG